GGAGGGGAAAACAUGGCGGAGGAGGCAGGGAACAUAAACAUAGUUGAUCCUGCUGAAGAUCCACAGCAACAUGAUGACCAGCAAGUUUCCACUCCAGCGACUCCAGCGACUCCCGAGCCGCCCGGCGACGACGGCGAGCUGGACAGAGCCGAGAGGCCCGCCGCGGCGGAGAACAGCUGGUCCGGCCCCAUCCUGUCUCUGGCUCGCAGGGCCACCGAGACGAUCAGCGGCGGGAUGAGCCUCGCUGCUGCCCCCAGGAAACCCUCCCUCGGGGGGGCAGCGAGCCCCCUGGCCGAGAAGGAGCCCGAGAAUGAGCUCAGCAGCAGCGGGAAGAAGCUCCCUGUUAUUCCCCCUAAAGAGCCCAUGGCAAUAGAGAGAUCCAACCUCCUCAGUAUGUUGAAGCUGAGCAUCAAAAUAUUAAUUCAGUCCUCCUUGAACCUGGGCAGGACUCUAGACUCCGAGUACCCUCCUUUGCAGCAGUUUUUUGUUGUUCUCGAACAAUGCCUCAAACAUGGACUUAAAGCCAAGAAAUCCUUCAUCGGUCAGAACAAGUCCAUAUGGGGACCUCUGGAAUUGGUUGAGAAGUUGUGUCCAGAGUCUGUCAAUAUUGCCACCAGUGCCAGAGACCUGCCUGGCAUUAAGACUGGUUUAGGAAGAGCACGGGCGUGGCUGCAUUUGGCACUCAUGCAGAAAAAGGUCGCGGACUACAUGAAAGCCUUGUUGGAUCACAAAGACCUCCUGAGUGAGUUUUAUGACUCUGGAGCUUUAAUGGUGGAAGAGGAAGGAGCGGUAAUGGGGGGGUUGUUGGUGGGCCUCAACGUAAUCGAUGCUAAUCUCUGUAUUAAAGGAGAGGAUCUUGAUUCGCAGGUUGGAGUCCUAGACUUUUCCCUUUACCUGAAAGACUCUGCUCAAAGUGAGACUCCAAAAGAUGAUUCCAAGAUGACGGCCAUAUUGGACCAGAAGCACUACAUUGAAGAGUUAAAUCGUCACUUAAGUGGCACCGUCACCGACCUUCAGGCUAAGAUGGACUCUCUGGAGAAGACCAACAGCAAGCUUGUAGAAGAGCUGACGGCAGCAACAGACAGAAUCAACUCUCUGCAGGAAGAACAGGAGCAGCUAAAGAAGGAAAAUGAGCAAAUUUUGCAGUCCAGCCAGAAGAAGGAAGAGGCAGCCCUUCAGGAUAGCCAGGUGGAACUGGAAACAUACAAACAGUCUCGACAAGGCCUGGAUGAGAUGUACAACGUGGUCUGGAAACAGUACAAAGAGGAAAAGCGGAUUCGCCAGGAGUUACAGCGUGAACUGGAGCUCCAAGGGGGCUUGAAGCAGGAGAUGGAGGUGGCAAUGAAGCUACUGGAAAAAGACACGCUCGAGAAACAAGACACGCUGGCCGCAUUAAGACUCCAGCUCGACCAGGUCAAGACUCUUAACCUACAGAUGUUCAACAGAGCUCAGGACUCAGAGCGAGAAGCAGAAAGGAAGCAGACAGAGGCUGUGCAGCUGGAACAGAGGCUGAAAGAAAUGGAGAAAGCCAUGUUGGACCUCGAGCAGAGACUACAGAACUCUGAGCAUGAGCGCAAACAGAGUGACCAGUCAGACACAGACAUGAAGGUGGAGCUGGAAAGAAAAGUGGAUGCUUUGCAGAAACAACUAACAGACCUGGACACACUAAGGUUAGGAUUGGAGAAUGAACUGCGGACUGAGAGGGAACAGAGACAAGGCUUGCAAAAAGCUCUCCAGCGAGAACAGGACAACAGCACUGAACUCCGGACUCAGCUGCAGCAGCUCCAGGGCCUCCAUGUGGAGCUGGAGGAUUUGAAGCAAGAGAAACAACAGCUGCAGCAGAAAUGUGAACAGCAGGAGCAGGCACUUCAGGAGAUGGGACUGCAUCUUAGCCAGUCUAAACUUAAAAUGGAGGACUUCAAAGAGGUCAACAAAGCCCUAAAGGGUCACGCCUGGCUGAAGGAUGAUGAAGCGACUCAGUGCAAGCAGUGCCAGAAGGAGUUCUCCAUCUCACGCAGAAAGCACCAUUGCAGAAACUGUGGCGACAUCUACUGCAACAGUUGCUCUGGUAACGAGCUGGCCUUGCCUUCCUAUCCUCGGCCGGUGCGAGUGUGCGACAUGUGCCACUCCCUGUUGCUGAAGAGGAGCACAGCCAUGGUUUCCUGACAAGCUUUAAUGUUUCUGACACCGCAAAAUUAACUAACUGCUCUGAUUUUAAGUGCUUAAGUUAAAAAACAAAUGUCAUCAAACCUGAUUUGAUGUUCCAUCACUGCUGUUUCCUGAAAUUCAGGUACUCUAGUUCCUUUUUACUAAACUAACAGCCACCUUUUUAGACUUACUUGGAGGAUCUUGCGUAUAUGCUCAGGGGGAAUUUCUGGAGACUGAAAAAGUUUUAAAUAUGGUCAAAGUUUUCCUUGCUGUUGAUUUAACAAUUUACUCAUUUGAUAAACUGACUUUUUUUUUUUUUUAAACUCAAAUCAAAUGUAUGUUAUUUUUGAGGUCCCAUUAUUACUGUUGCAGCUGCUUUAUAAUGAACAUGCAAACUGGUUUUGAUUUUGAACUCACAUUUUUCCAAUAUAUAGCAGCUUUGAGCUGGAUACAUAUGUGUAUAAAUGUAGAAUGUUGACAAAAUCUAACUAUUUUAGAAUGUAUUAAAAGUUUUGUGGGUCAUAUCCACGGCCACAAAUCCCUUCCAUGAUUUGGAAAUCACUGAUUUUUUUUUUUUGCAAUUUGAUGAACAAAUAAAACCUCCUGUUUUUCCACUUCUCAAUUGGUUCAACUGGAUAAUUGGA